AUGGAUCCACAUCUAUCCACUGGCUUUGAAGACCUGGAUGUGGAUAGCGACACCGGUUCAGACGUCACCACGCACUCCCUCGACACGAAAAAGACGGCAAACUCAUUGGCCUUCAGCAAUUUUGUCCAAGCCGAAAUCGCCCAACAGCUCUCCAGUGAUCAAACGCCUUCACAAAAAGCCAGCGCGGCGGGCUAUGAAAGCCUCAUCGACAAAGCGCGGGAGUAUCAGCAAGAACUCUUCGACCGAGCAAAGGAGGAGAAUAUCAUUGCUGUUCUUGACACCGGGAGUGGCAAGACUCUCAUCGCUGCCUUGCUGAUCAAGUACAUCCUUGAACAAGAGCUCAUAAACCGGGCUGAUGGGCAACCACCUCAGAUUGUCUUUUUCUUGGUCAAUAGCGUCCAUCUGGCCAGGCAGCAAGCCCGCUUCCUCGAGGUCAAUCUCCCCAAUCCUGUCAUUUCUCUCUUUGGAGAUGCUAGCGAGAACUUAUGGAGCCGACCAGUUUGGGACAAAAUCUUUCAAGACUACGAUGUAGUUGUUUGUACCCCGGCCGUCCUCGACAGCUGCCUGUCACAUUCCUACCUCAAAAUUGAUCAGAUAUCCCUUCUAAUUUUUGAUGAAGCCCACCACUGUAAGAAGAAGCACCCCUACUCAAACAUUAUCCGAGACCACUACCUUGGAGCUAACGGUCGUCGACCGCGCAUUUUUGGUAUGACUGCAUCGCCCGUUGACUCUAAACAUGGCGAUGUUGCUCAAGUAGCGAAAGAUCUCGAGGAGCGUCUGCAAAGCAAAAUCGUCACCACCAAUGAUCCAUCUGUUUUCGAAGUCUUUGCCCCCAGAGCCAAGGACGUCUUCUGGCAAUAUCCUGAGCUCCAACACGAAUAUGAUACAGAGCUAUGUAGUUCACUUCGAGCACUAUGUGGCUUCGUCGAUGACUUGAAGCGGUUUUUCAACUUUUCACGAUCUGCAACUAAAGAACUUGGAUCUUGGGCAGCAGAUAGGGUAUGGAAGCACGCCCUGGCUUCGUCCCACGAGUCACAUGAAUCCACCAGAAUUACGAACUAUCUGGAGCGCAGUGACUGCUAUCUUCAAGCGACGGAAGAGCAGAAGGCAAGCCUACUCCAUUCGGUUCAAGAUGCUGUUGCCCUUGUGAACCGUCACCACUUCGGCCCGCCAGAUAUCGAAAGUGAAUAUGAAUUUUCACCCAAACUCCGCGUUCUUUAUGACGAACUGCGUCAUCAAUACUCACAGGCUCCAACCACCAAGACCAUUGUCUUCCUGACUGAAAGACUGUCAGCAUUCGUUCUCUGUGAUUGUUUCAAACUAUUGGACAUUGAAAAUCUACGGCCUGGUGUUUUAAUUGGUGUGGGCCAACCAGGGACUGACUCAAGCUCAUGGAAAGAUCAGGAAGCAGUCAUGGAAAGAUUUCGCGAUGGUGGGAUCAAUCUGAUCUUUGCCACAAACGUAGCCGAAGAAGGCAUUGAUAUACCUGAAUGCAGUUUUGUCGUCCGGUUUGACUUGUACAGAACACCCAUCCAGUACAUGCAGUCGAGAGGGCGUGCACGAAUGAAAGGCUCAACGUACGCCCAUAUGCUUGGAGAGCAUAACCCGGAUCAUGAAUCUACGAUCCACUACGCAAUCGAAAUGGAUAACUUCAUCAAAGACUUCUGUCGGCAUCUACCUCCUGACCGAAAGCUAGGGAAGGGAUCAAAGCUGAAGCAGCUCAUUGAAGAAGAUGCUAGUUCUCAGUGCUUCGAAACUGUCACAGGGGUAAAAGCCAACCUGAACAAUUCCCUAGUAUUGCUGAGUCGAUACGUUCAUUCUUUGCAAACCAAGGCAGAUGCAAAAUCAGCUGAAAUAUAUCAAGAGAUGAUUGCUGCUGAGGGUAAUAUGUUCAGAUACAAAGUCAUUCUUCCUGCCACAGAAGACAAAAAGGCUAUGCAAGUCAAAGGAGCCAUCGGCGAUCCCCGGCGAAAUAAGGUCAUGGCGAAGCGUUCCGCAGCAUUGAACUGCUGUUACAAAUUGCGUGCAGCAGAACUCUUGGACGAAAAUCUUGACAGCAUCUUCAGAAAAAUGAAGCCGGCGAAUUUGAAUAAACGGCUCGCCGUUCCUGAGAACAAAGAUGACUAUAAGAAGAAAUUGAAACCCGACUUCUGGCUAGAGAACGGGACAACUCUGAGUGCGCCAACAGCAUUGCACGCUACCCGUGUUGUUGUGUUUAUUCCAACCAAUCGCUCUGAGUACCGUCACUUUCUGCUCUUCACUCGUGCACUACUUCCAGAAAUACCGAGGUUUUCUGUUUUCUUAGAAGACAACGUCGAGCAUCAUGUCAUCUUCGAGCGCUGUGGUCACCCCGUUGCGGUAUCUGCUGAGCAGGUUGAAGGAUUGACAAAAUUUACCCUCAAUGCUGUCUUCGAAGACAUUUUCAACAAAGUAUACGAACCAGAGCCACAUCUCAUGAGUUAUUGGGUGGCACCAGCUCCAGGCCGUUCGGACAAUAUGGAGGAAGCUAGCAGAUUAAAUGACCUCGAUUUCGAAUCUUUGGUUGAUUUUGAAGAGCUGAGAAAAGCUUUCUCACCAGAACGAGAACGUUGGUCAGCUCAGACCAGUCGAAAGCAGGGCAACCACUGGGUCAAGAAAUAUCUCGUUGACCCCGGCAGUGGAAACUUUCAUUAUUUCACUCAUAAAGUUGUUCAAGAUGUCUCCAUCUGGGAUCCGCCCCCAGCAAGUGCAGCACAAAUCAGAAAGAAGCACAAGGGAACUAUUAUUGAGUUCAGUGAUAGCACAUAUCGUGCAAAGACCCACGGGAUGAAGACGUCUGCUGAUAGGUAUGACCCUGAUCAGCCUGUUCUCGAAGCUACCGUCAUCAUGUCAGGCCGAAAUUGGCUGGACAAAGCUCCGGAAGAUCAUACUCGAAUGGCAUUGUGUUACAUUGCACCACAGCCGUUGGAAAUUGGCAGACUAUCCUUUCAGAACGCAAGUGUUCUCCAACUCUUGCCUUCUGUUCUCCAUAAGCUGGAAAGCUUCCUGGUCGUUGGCGAAGCUUUACACAAACUUGACCUCCUACAUAUUCCGCUUGAUCUCGCACUGCAAGCGUUCACGCAGGACAGUAACGCAGAAGCCGAUAAGGGCCAUGAUAUCCAAGAUGACAAUGUCAUCAAUAUGGAAGACUUCUCCGACGCAUACCGACAGGUGAGCUCAAAUUAUGAACGUCUGGAAUUUAUUGGCGAUUCUCUUCUCAAGAUGAUGACAACAAUCACUGUCUUCAAUCGCACAACUUGCAAUGAAGAGGGUAUGCAUUGCAAACGUAUGGAGAUGCUCUCAAACAGACGGCUAUACUCAGUAGCUUCAAAGCCGGAGUACGAACUCUUUCAAUAUAUUCGAAGUGGUUCUGCUGAAAAGUGGCGAGACACAUGGUAUCCUGAAUUCCUGUGUCAAACCAAAGGCCGCAAAAUCAAAUUGACAGGGAAGCGACGCAGCCAUGCAUUGGGACAGAAGACUAUCGCUGACGUUUGCGAAGCGGUGAUUGGGGCUUCCAUCAUGACUACGCGUCACUUGCCUACCUCUCGGAAAUUUGACCUUGGAAUACAAGCCAUUACCAAGCUGGUAGAAGAUGAAAACCAUGACAUCUCUACGUGGCAGCAAGUCGCACCCAUGUAUCAAGCUCCAGACUGGAGUCUGCUCUUGAGUGACCCUGUGGCCCUUGAUCUUGCUCGUAAGGUCCAAAACGUCACCGGCUAUCGCUUCAAACACCCGCGGUUGUUGCGCUCGGCAUUUACACAUUCCUCUGAUCAGAAUUCACCUGUCCCAGAUCUCCAACGUCUGGAGUUUCUCGGAGAUGCAUGCCUCGACUGGGUCUGCAUAUGGUGGCUCUUCUCCAACAACGAGACGCGUGGUCCUCAAUGGCUCACCGAACAUAAGAUGGCCAUGGUAUCCAACAAGUUCUUGGCCGCACUUGCAGUCACUUUGGGCUUCAAUAGGCUCAUGUCAGCCUCGAAUCCAUCCCUGUUCGCCGAAAUCACCAAGUAUGCGGCAGAGGUGGACGCCAUGUACAAGGUGGAGGGAGUGAAGCCUGACUUCUGGACCAAGCUAACGACACCACCUCCGAAAUCACUCGCAGAUUUAGUGGAAAGCUAUCUCGGUGCCGUUUUGGUGGAUUCUGGGUUCGACUUUGGCGAGAUCGAGAAGUUCUUCGACAAGCACGUGUUGUGGUUUUUCAAAGACAUCCGCGCGUAUGACACCUUUGCAAAUCGUCAUCCUAUUACAUACCUGAUGCGGCUUCUCAGAGAAAAGUUCAAAUGCUACAAUACCUCUGCAGAGGUCCUCAGGCAAUUCUCUGAGCCCUCGACUAGUGGGGGAAACAACGCGGACGGGGCCGGAGACGAGGCUGUCACGGGAGUCAUUGUCCACGUGGGCUGGCUUGUUCACGGCAAGGUCAUUGCAAGGAGUGGGGGCCAGGGUGCUCGAUAUGCCAAAGUCCGCGCCAGCAAGUCGGCUCUGAAGGUGAUAGGAAAAUUGAGUACCGAGGAGUUCAGAGAGCGGUUCAAGUGCGAUUGCGCGGAGAAGAAGUCUCAAGGUGCGGGAAAACAAGACACUAACCUAUCAUCCAAUGGCGUUAAUGGUACUGAUGUUCCCAGUCCAAAGGCAAGGGACAACGCCAGCGUCGAAAAGUCCGGUAUCUGA